AGCAGGUCCAGAGUGUCGCAGGUCCUCCCUCCUUCCCUGUCCGAGUGAAAGGCUUCAUCUUCAUUGGGAUGCAAAAAAGGAAUUACUUCAUGAACUAAGAGCUAUUACAUUGAUCAUUUAAAAAAUGGGUUUCGAACUGUUGGAUUGGUAUUGCCGGCCGGUGGCGAAUGGGAUUUGGGCAAGGACUGCGGACAGUGCUUUCGGUGCGUACACACCUUGCGCCAUUGAUUCCUUGGUCAUCUCCAUAUCCCAUUUGGUUCUUCUGGGCCUCUGCUGCUACCGAAUUUGGUUGAUCAAGAGGACUUCGAAAGUCCAGAGAUACCGUUUGAGGUCGAAAUGCUACAACUAUAUGUUGGGCUUGCUUUCUUUUUACUGCGUUGCCGAGCCUGUGCUGAGGCUGGUGAUGGGCUUUUCGGUUUUCAAUCUGGAUGGUCAGACUAGCCUCCUUCCAUAUGAGAUGGUUUCGUUAAUCAUAGAGUCACUUGCUUGGUGCUCCAUGCUAGUUGUGAUUAGCCUAGAAAUGCACAUUUACAUUCGGGAGUUCAGAUGGUACGUGCGCUUUGGAGUCAUCUAUGUUCUGGUAGGGGAAGCUGUGAUGCUCAAUCUUAUCCUCUCAAUGAGAGACCACUAUCAGCAUCAUAGGUCUGCACUUUAUCUGUGUAUCAGCACGGUUUUUUGCCAGGUUCUAUUUGGGAUUCUUCUUUUUGUCUAUGUUCCGAAUCUGGACCCUUGUCCAGGGUAUACGAUGAUCCACACUGAGCCUCUUGAUAGUGUUGAAUAUGAGACUCUUCCGGGGGAGGAGCAAGUUUGUCCUGAAAGGCAUGUCAGCAUAUUUUCCAGGAUAUACUUUGGGUGGAUGAGUCCACUUAUGCAGCAAGGCUACAAAAGACCGAUUACCGAAAGGGAUGUUUGGAAGUUAGACUAUUGGGAUAGGACUGAGGAGCUGAUCAAAAUAUUCCAGAAAUGCUGGGCCAAAGAGUCUCAAAGGCCCCAACCAUGGCUUUUAAGAGCUUUGAACAGCAGCCUUGGAAGACGGUUUUGGUUGGGAGGCUUCUUUAAGAUCGGGAGUGAUCUUUCCCAAUUUGUUGGGCCCACAUUGCUGAACCACCUCCUUCAAUCAAUGCAAAAAGGGGACCCUGCAUGGACUGGUUACCUCUAUGCCUUUUCGAUUCUUGUCGGUGUGUCGCUUGGUGUGCUUUGCGAAGCCCAGUACUUUCAGAAUUCAGUUCGAACGGGAUUCAGGCUGAGGUCAACUUUGGUGGCGGCCAUUUUCCGCAAAUCCUUAAGACUCACUCAUGAGGGUCGCAAGAAGUUCCCAUCUGGAAAGAUAACAAACAUGAUAACAACAGAUGCUAAUGCACUUCAGCAAAUAUGCCAACAACUUCACAACUUAUGGUCCGCUCCGUUUCGUAUUGUCAUUGCCAUGGUUCUUCUGUACCAGCAAUUAGGUGUUGCUUCGCUGCUUGGAUCUCUCAUGCUUGUCCUCAUGAUCCCAUUGCAAACAGUCAUAAUCAGCAAAAUGCGGAAAAUGACCAAGGAAGGGCUGCAGUGGACUGACAAGAGAGUCAGCCUCAUGAACGAAAUUUUGGCCGCAAUGGACACUGUGAAGUGUUAUGCUUGGGAAAAGAGCUUUCAAUCUAGAGUUCAAGAAAUACGAAGUGAUGAGCUCUUAUGGUUCCGUAAAGCGCAACUACUAUCUGCGUUCAACAGCUUUGUUCUCAACAGCAUCCCUGUCAUCGUGACCGUUGUCUCAUUUGGGGCAUUCACUUUGCUUGGUGGGGAUUUGACACCAGCGAGGGCGUUUACAUCACUUUCUCUUUUUGCUGUGCUACGGUUUCCUUUAAACAUGCUCCCUAACUUGAUGUCUCAGGUUGUUACUGCAAAUGUUUCCCUGCAACGUUUGGAGGACCUAUUUUUAGCAGAAGAGAGAAUUUUAGUUCCUAAUCCACCGAUUGAGCCAGGACAGCCAGCUAUUUCAAUCGAGGAUGGCCACUUUUCAUGGGACUCUAAGGCAGAAAAACCCACAUUGUCAAACAUCAAUCUGGACAUACCAGUUGGUAGCCUAGUUGCUAUUGUUGGUGGUACUGGAGAAGGAAAGACAUCUCUCAUAUCCGCAAUGCUUGGGGAACUCCCUUCUGUCUCCAGUGCAUGCGUUACUAUCCGGGGAACCGUUGCUUAUGUUCCUCAAGUGUCCUGGAUUUUCAAUGCUACUGUGCGUGACAACAUCUUAUUUGGAACCAAAUUUGAACAGGAAAGAUAUUGGACGGCAGUCAGUGUAACUGAAUUGGAGCAUGAUCUCGAUUUGCUUCCAGGUCGUGAUCUUACGGAGAUUGGUGAAAGAGGGGUGAAUAUAAGCGGAGGGCAAAAGCAGAGGGUUUCUAUGGCCAGGGCUGUAUACUCGAAUUCAGAUAUUUACAUAUUUGAUGACCCUUUAAGUGCCCUGGAUGCUCAUGUUGGUCGACAGGUGUUCAAUAGCUGUAUCAAGGAAGAGCUGCGAGGGAAGACCCGGGUCCUUGUCACGAACCAGCUGCAUUUUCUUCCUCAAGUGGAUCGAAUCCUUGUGGUUCAUGAAGGAAUGGUCAAGGAGGAGGGGACUUUUGAGGAGCUCUCUAAAAGCGGGAUUUUGUUCCAGAAACUUAUGGAGAAUGCAGGAAAAAUGGAGGACCAAACAGAAGAGGCCGAGGUGGAGGAGAAGAAAAAUGUAGAAGAGAAAACAUCUAAAAGAGCAACUGACAGCAUUGUUGAUGAAUCGUCAAAAGAUCAAGGCCGUGGGAAGAAAGGUAAAGGAGGGAAGUCGGUACUUAUUAAGCAAGAGGAACGGGAAACGGGCAUUGUGAGUCGGAAAGUCCUGAUGAGGUACAAAGGGGCACUGGGAGGCCUGUGGGUGGUGGCAGUACUCUUUAUAUGCUAUAUUUCAACUGAAGUUCUUCGUAUUUCAAGUAGCAAGUGGUUGAGUUUCUGGACAGAUCAAAGCACUUCAGAGGACUACAGACCAGGAUUCUACAUAUUGAUCUACGCACUUCUGUCCUUUGGUCAGGUGACCGUGACACUGACUAAUGCUUAUUGGUUGAUUAUUUCGAGCCUCCGUGCAGCAAAAAGAUUGCAUGAUUCUAUGCUCCAGUCUUUAUUAAGGGCUCCCAUGAUUUUCUUUCACACCAACCCAAUGGGAAGAAUAAUCAACAGGUUUGCCAAGGAUCUAGGCGACAUAGAUCGCAAUGUUGCCCAAUUUGUAAAUAUGUUCAUGGGCCAAGUCUGGCAGCUACUUUCGACUUUUGUGCUUAUAGGAAUUUUGAGCACAAUCUCUCUUUGGGCCAUAAUGCCGCUCUUGAUCUUGUUUUAUGCAGCCUAUCUGUAUUACCAGACUACAUCUCGUGAAGUGAAACGCUUGGAUUCAAUUACCAGAUCUCCAGUUUAUGCGCAAUUCGGAGAAGCAAUGAAUGGCUUGUCAACAAUACGUGCAUAUAAAGCAUAUGAUAGGUUGGCCACCAUUAACGCCAAGGCCAUGGACAAUAAUAUCAGAUUCACCCUUGCCAAUGUCAGUUCCAACCGUUGGCUCACCAUAAGGUUGGAGACUUUAGGAGGCAUAAUGAUCUGGUUGACAGCGACAUUUGCAGUCAUGCAGACCGAAAAAGCAGAAAACAGAGCAGCCUUUGCUUCAACUAUGGGUCUCCUCCUCAGCUACACUUUGAAUAUAACGAGCCUUUUGAGUGGUGUUCUGAGACAAGCAAGCAGAGCUGAGAAUAGUCUAAAUGCUGUAGAACGUGUGGGUGUGUACAUAGAAUUGCCUUCCGAGGCUCCGGCUAUAGUAGAGAGCAACCGGCCCCCUCCUGGCUGGCCUUCAUUGGGAUCAAUUAAAUUUGAAGAUGUGGUUCUUCGUUACAGACCUGAACUUCCUCCGGUCUUGCAUGGAUUGUCCUUUUCAGUAGCACCCCGUGAGAAACUUGGAGUAGUUGGAAGAACUGGUGCAGGAAAAUCUAGCAUGAUAAAUGCUUUGUUCCGAAUUGUCGAGCUCGAAAAAGGAAGGAUCUUGAUAGAUGGGUGCAACACUUCUAAGAUAGGACUCGAAGAUUUGCGGAAAGUCCUUAGCAUCAUACCUCAAUCACCAGUUCUUUUCUCGGGAACUGUGAGAUUUAAUCUCGACCCUUUCAAUGAACAUAACGACGCUGACCUCUGGGAGGCUCUGGAGAGAGCACAUUUGAAGGAUGUCAUCAGGAGGAACUCUUGCGGCCUGGAUGCUGAGGUUUCUGAGGGCGGAGAGAACUUCAGUGUCGGACAGAGGCAACUGCUGUGUCUUGCUCGAGCAUUACUAAGAAGAUCAAAGAUUCUUGUUCUUGAUGAAGCAACUGCGGCCGUCGAUGUUAGAACUGACGCUCUCAUCCAGAAAACCAUUCGUGAAGAAUUCAACUACUGCACCAUGGUCAUCAUCGCUCACAGACUUAACACUAUCAUUGACACCGACCGAAUUCUUGUGCUCGAUGCUGGCCAAGUAGCAGAACACGAUACUCCAGAGAAUCUGCUGUCAAAUGAAGCAAGUGCAUUCUCUAAGAUGGUUCAAAGCACGGGUUCUGCUAAUGCGCAGUAUCUACGUGGCUUAGUCCUCCAAAAGAAAGAGAGUAGGUUACAGAUGGAAACAAAACAUCUAGACAGCGAGAGACAACGAUCGGCCUCCUCCUACUGGGCUGCUGCUGCCAAUGUUGCUCUGGCGGUCAGCCUCAAUUCCAACAACGCCCUACAGAUUUUGAAUAUCGAGGACAAUGACAACAGCAGCGACAACAUCCUUAAGAGAACAAAAGAUGCAGUUGUAACCCUUCAGGACGUCUUGGAAGGGAAGCACAACGAAGAUAUAGAAAAUGCUUUGUACCAUUAUCAAGUUCCUGCUGAUGGCUGGUGGCCUGCUCUCUACAAGAUAGUUGAAGGUCUAGGUUUGAUGAGCAGACUGGCUGACGGUAGAUAUGAACGACUAGAGCACGAGUUUAGAGAUAACUCGGAUUGGGAUGCUGUGGAAAUGUCGUAAAAGAAGUGGAGACAUCAACCCGAUUCUUCAUUUUUAAUCGAAGGAUUUCACGUGCGAAGGCGAAUACAGAGAUAUUGUCCUCUGUGGAGAAGAAUCUUCAAUUUGUACAUGUGUACGUCUAUCAAUGUAUCAUGUGUAUCUCCCGAAACUGAGCUAUGGUUAAAUAUUCCCCCAAGUUUGGUGAUGCUCAGUAUUAGCUACUCUCAAACCAGUCAAUGUGCAUGAAGCCCUUAAGCGUA